CGAGCAACCGGGCUGCGGGCGGCUGAGCCGGCCUCGCUGGGGCCCGCGGAGCAGCGGCGCGGGCGGCGGGCCGAACCCAGGGCCCCGGCGGGCGGGCGGCCGGCCGGCCGGGCAGCAUGGGGGAGCCUCCGGCCCGGCCCGCGCCCUAGCGGCGGACGCGGCGGCCCAGGGCGGUGGCGAGAGGUGGCCACCCGCCGGCGGGCCCCGGGGCUGCCCGGUCGCCGGGCAUGCAGUGAUGGCUGCUGAGAAGAGGCUGCAAGAAUACGGAGUGCUUUGCAUUCAGGAAUACAGAAAAAACAGCAAAGUGGAGUCAAGUACAUGUGACAGCUUCAUGGGCUUGAAGGAUCAUCUGGGGCAUGACCUAGGCCACCUUUAUGUGGAGAGCACUGACCCACAUUUAAGUACAUCUGUACCUUGGUCAAUGAUAGAAAAGCCAACAAUGGAUAAAGUUCAUUCUGGGAAAGAAGAAAAAGAGGUAUCUGAAGAAAAUGCCAGCGCUGGUGAUUCUGAAGAAAGCACAAAUUCUGAUAAUGAGUCGGAACAACUGAGCACUGUUUCAGCAGAGCCAUGCUUAUUAACCAAGACUCACAGACAAUUGUGUAGGUCUCCCUGUUUAGAACCUCACAUACUCAAACGCAAUGAAAUUUUGCAAGACUUUAAACCUGAAGAGCCCCAGACCUCAUCUAAGGAAGUGAAGAAACCCCCUGACGUCGUACGAGAGUACCAAACAAAACUGGAGUUUGCACUUAAGUUAGGAUAUUCUGAAGAACAGGUUCAGCUCGUGUUAAACAAACUUGGUACUGAUGCUUUAAUCAAUGAUAUUUUGGGAGAACUUGUUAAACUUGGAAAUAAAAGUGAGACUGAACAAACAGUUAGUACAAUUAAUAAUAUAAUGCGGGAAACUUCUUCCCUGGAAUCUCAGAGGUCUGAAUCUCCAAUGCAAGAUACUGUAACAGAUGAUGGGGAAAAUCUAAGGCCAAUAGUUAUUGAUGGCAGCAAUGUGGCAAUGAGCCAUGGAAACAAAGAAGUAUUCUCUUGCCGAGGAAUAAAAUUAGCAGUGGAUUGGUUUUUGGAAAGAGGCCACAAAGACAUCACAGUUUUUGUUCCUGCUUGGAGAAAAGAGCAAUCCAGACCUGAUGCUCUCAUUACAGAUCAAGAAAUUCUUCGUAAAUUGGAAAAGGAGAAAAUCCUGGUAUUCACACCAUCCCGGCGAGUCCAAGGGAGGAGAGUGGUGUGCUAUGAUGAUAGGUUCAUCGUGAAGUUGGCUUUUGAGUCAGACGGUAUCAUUGUGUCCAAUGACAACUACAGGGAUUUGGCCAAUGAAAAACCAGAAUGGAAGAAGUUUAUUGAUGAGCGAUUAUUAAUGUAUUCCUUUGUCAAUGACAAAUUCAUGCCCCCUGAUGACCCACUUGGCAGACACGGCCCAAGCCUGGAUAAUUUUCUGAGGAAGAAACCUAUUAUUCCUGAACACAAAAAGCAGCCUUGUCCAUAUGGAAAGAAGUGCACCUAUGGACACAAGUGCAAAUACUAUCAUCCUGAAAGGGGGAGUCAACCUCAGCGAUCAGUGGCUGAUGAACUUCGUGCCAUGUCUAGAAAUACAGCAGCCAAAACUGCAAAUGAAGGAGGACUGGUGAAAAGCAACAGUGUUCCCUGCAGUACAAAGGCAGACAGCUCCUCUGAUGUUAAACGAGGAGCUCCAAAGAGGCAAUCGGAUCCAAGCAUAAGAACUCAAGUCUACCAAGACCUAGAGGAAAAGCUUCCCACCAAAAACAAAUUGGAAACCAGGUCUGUACCUUCCUUAGUCAGUAUACCGGCUACUUCUACUGCAAAACCCCAAAGCACUACAUCUUUAAGCAAUGGCCUUCCAUCUGGAGUUCAUUUCCCACCUCAGGAUCAAAGACCACAGGGACAAUAUCCUCCAAUGAUGAUGGCAACCAAAAAUCAUGGAACGCCAAUGCCUUAUGAACAGUAUCCAAAAUGUGACUCUCCUGUUGACAUUGGAUAUUAUUCCAUGUUGAAUGCAUACUCAAAUCUGAGUAUCUCAGGCCCACGAAGUCCUGAAAGGCGUUUCUCCUUAGACACAGACUAUAGGAUAAGUUCUGUAGCUUCUGACUGCAGCAGUGAAGGGAGCAUGAGCUGUGGGAGCAGUGACUCAUAUGUAGGGUACAAUGACCGGUCGUAUGUCAGUUCUCCUGAUCCCCAACUAGAAGAGAAUUUGAAGUGUCAACACAUGCACCCUCACGGCCGCCUUAAUUCCCAACCCUUCCUGCAGAAUUUCCACGACCCCUUAACUAGAGUGCAAAGUUACAGUCAUGAAGAACCAAAGUACCAUCACAAACCUCCUCUUCCACAUUUGGCUAUGCAUCUACAGCACCCAGCUGUGGGCGCCCGGUCCAGUUGUCCUGGCGAUUAUCCCUCUCCUCCAACUUCCACACACUCGAAGGCACCACAUCUAGGGCGGUCCUUGGUGGCCACCAGAAUAGACAGCAUUUCUGACUCUCGGCUGUAUGACAGUUCUCCUUCAAGACAAAGAAAGCCUUACUCCCGCCAGGAUGGGCUGGGAAGCUGGGACAGGCAGGGGUAUGGGAUUGAUGCAUAUGGCUAUCGGCAGACCUAUUCCUUGCCUGAUAACUCCACCCAGCCAUGUUAUGAACAGUUCACCUUCCAGAGCCUACCUGAGCAGCAGGAGCCAACCUGGCGAAUACCGUACUGUGGAAUGCCACAAGAUCCUCCCAGGUAUCAAGACAACCGAGAAAAGAUCUACAUCAAUCUGUGCAACAUCUUCCCACCUGACCUUGUGAGAAUUGUCAUGAAAAGGAACCCUCACAUGACUGAUGCCCAGCAACUAGCUGCAGCCAUUUUGGUAGAGAAAUCACAGCUGGGUUAUUGAAAGAUGAUGCAUCUUUGUGGUGUUUAGUAGUUUUUUGUUCAGCUCAAAUGCUGAGGGAGGUUUGCUACAAUAGCACAUGUGAUCUCCUUCUCAGCAAGGAGGUUAUAUAGUAUCCAUUUAUGUGAAAUACUGUAUCAUGGAAUCUGUAUGUAUAGCCCCACAUGGCAGAAGUAUCACGGAUUGCUUUACAUUCAAACUUUUUUUUAACAUUUCCUUUUUAAAGCUAUAUCCUUGGCUGGAAAUUUUUCCAGUUUGAUUUAAUAGAUGUUUCUGUGAUCUUUGAUAUUAAUCUUUGGUGCAUCAGGGGUUUAUAAUGCAGCACUUUUUAUCUUUGUUUCAUGUUUUAUUAACUUGGUGUUUGUCUAUCAAUAGCAAGCAAUUAACAAUACCUUCAGAAUGUUGAACAUUUUACUAGACCUAGCAAACUAUUUUUUCAAGCCAAGCUUCAUGGAAUCUUUUACAGCUUUUUAAGUUAUUUUUAUUUGGGGAAAGUGGGCUUCUUUGUGCUAUAAUCAUUAUUUAUAGAAACAAAGAUAAACUACAGCACUGACUUUAUAUUUUAAACAAAAUAUAAGUUACCAGUUAAUGUUGAAAUGAGUAACAGUAUAUAUUAGAAUGAUUUACAAUAUGGCACUUUUCAUUGUUUUUUGUUUGAAUUUUUUAAGUAUUGGUUAAUUUAAUAUGGUUGAUUUAGAGGAAAGCAGAUGCAAUCAAUGGAAAAAAGUUUCCAUUUUUUUAUGAAUAAGGCAAAAGCCGUUAACUGUUACAGUUUAGAGCUUUGUUAUCCAGCUAUGAUGUGCUUCUGACAGUAAACACGGAAUUGAAUUCCUAGAUUCCCAUUAACUUGUAUUUUUAAUGUGUUUGUCUUUUUGUUUGGGGGCACAAAAGUACUGGAUAAAAUAACCCUUUCACAGUACCUGCCUGUUUUUUAAUGAAUCUAAUUAUUCUCAAUGCAACUUUUAUAUUUAAUAUACUCUAGCUUUCCUGCUAUUUAUCAAGGCUGGCCUGCAGUGGUUUUCUGUGUUGAGGAUAUGCAACAUUUAUUGAUACUGCACUAUAGAUGGAGGAGUUGUGUAAAUGGUAACUUAAAACUUUUGUAAGAUACUGUAUAUUUUCCAUUUUCCUGAAGGUAGUUUUUUCGGGGGCCUGUUAUAUUAUUAAGGCCAGAUUCUUGCCACAAAUAGUGUAGUUUUAGAUGCAGACUAAAGUCUGUUCUAGUAUUAGUAAGGGAUAUUUCUGGUUUCAAAGUCAUGGGUUUUGCUAGAUGUGAUUUCAUUUUUGUUAGAAGACAGAUAUUUUGAUCAAUGGCAGACAGUUGAGUGAUUGACAUAAUUUCACUGUUGCCUCCAGUUUUUUAAUUAACUUAGUGUAACAGACUCACUGCAGUGUUUCUCUAGUCUGCCUAGAUGCCCGGGUAAUAAUGACUAUUCUACAUGCUACAGUUUGAAGUAAAGCCCUGAAAUACCAGAAAGUACCUUUUACUGUUGAUACAAAUUGUAUCUUUUUAACUAUAAGAAAUAUUUUGAUUUGUAGAUCUAGUUAAAACACAAAUGUGUAACUAUGAUUAGACUUUUGGGCAACAUUUUAUCCCUUAUUUAAAUACAAAUUUUUGAAGUAAAAUUGAAGUCUAGAAUAGGGUAGAAAAUAAAAGUAACAAUUUAGGUAAAUACGAGUGUCUGUCUUAGUUUUAUAUAUUAAAAUACAUUCAAUAAAUUUAUUGGCAUUUUCUUUCCCCUAAAAUUUAUCUAGUGUUAACUUAAAAUAAAGGUAAAAUGCUGCCUGAAAAUAAUGUCCAAGCACCUUUGACUAGGAUAACAUUUUCACUACUUGUGUGACACUGUGUGUUGCAUGAAGUAGGAUUUGGGUAUACAGUAAAUGCUUCUAAAAGGCAUUGUGCAUAUUGACAUAUCCAAUAAUCUGAACCGUGUUCAGCAAACUUAAUUCAGGAAAGUGGUGUUCUAUACAAUUAUUGCUGUUGUUUUUGAGGAAGUGUGGCACCAAGCUGUACCCACAGAAUAAAGAGGUUGCCACACAAACCCAUCUGAGUGGUGUUUGUCUGAGAGGGACCCUACUCACUUGUGAUAUUGUUCUUGAUUUUGUCUUCACUACCUGUAGAACAAAUUUAGAUGUAUAGGCUAAUCCAGUGCCAAACAGAGAGUUAUAAUGUGUAGUAGCUUUUAUUCUAAUUAUUCUAAGACUUUUUUUUUAGUGUAAAUCAUUUGAAGUUUCAAACUUGGCUUCCAUUUUCUAAAUUUAGCAUUUUAAUUAUUUAAAGGUUUUGCCAAAUAUUACUAAAGUUACUUAAUGAGCUCUUAGGUGAGUACAUCACACCUUGAAUUUCACCUUCUAA